CUUCCCCCGUGACUUACUGCAGAAUGAGGGCAUCACUCACAGAAGCCUCAGGGUAAUUAUUCCGUUUGCAGGGCCAAUGCAAAACCCACAGUAGGGGCAGGGUAACUCCUCCUCCCAUGGGGUACAGUGCACAACCUACAGUCGCAUAAGAGCAACUGUAAAUAUGCAGCAGAAGUGCAUCAGCCGCCUGGGUUUAGUGUAACUCCUCCAUUGUAGGGCGACUGCGAGAUAAAUGCAUCGCCCAUAGUAUUGUCAAGGCAGCACCUCCUACUUUAUGACUCUGAAUCAGACGCCUGGGAUCCUGCCGACACUAAUCCGGAGAGAUGUCCGUCUGUCUGACGGAGGAACAGAAGCGGAAAAUUGAGGAAAACAGGCAGAGAGCAUUGGCUAGGAGAGCCGAGAGAUUGGCCGCCCAGCAGAAUACACUCAAACAGACAAAUAAUAGCCACUCCACUCUGUUUAACAUCCAGAAAUCAACCGUGGACCAGGGAGCACUCUUCUCAGGCCAGAGAACUAAUGUCACAGCUGCGUGUAUGGCACCUUUACAACAAGGCAGCAAUAAUAAAUAUGCCUUUCAGAAAACCUCCAGUGGUGGUAGCGCUGCUUCCUCUUUACCUGGCACAGCUGAGAAUAAGCCGCAAGCAGGUGGCAAUGGGCCAUGUGAUUACAAGGUGCCUGCUGACCCAGCGCAGGAUUUCACUUCUUCUAAGAACUUAACAGGCAAAUACGUUGCACCAAAAGCUCACUGUGUGUCGAGUGUGCCUAGCUUUAAUGAUACCCCUAAUCCCAGGCAGUUAAAUCCUGCUUGCACUACCCAAGAACAAGAAAAGCCCAAGAAUUCCAGCUAUUCAUACUCAAGGCCUGACUCAGACACUGCUUGUGAUAAGUUUACAGCGGGGCCUGGGCCCGGGCCCAUCAGGAAUACUACAGCUAUCUCUAAAUUCUAUGGUGCCAACCCAGGUAUCAAGCCUGCUCUGCCCGUAAGUAACAAGACUGUAAGUGAAGUGAGGGACAGAGGAGUCACUGGCAGUUCAGUGGAGGCUGUACCAGUCAAGAAGGCAUCCAGCUCCACCCGAGGGAGGUGUGUAAAGCACAUGGAAGGUCGGUUCCGAGUUGAAGUUGGAUACAGUGCUGAACUCAUUGCCUUAUUUAAAACAAUCCCAAGCAAGGCAUAUGAUCCAGCAACAAAGAUGUGGAAUUUUGGCCUUGAAGAUUAUGCCUCUCUCAUGAGUGAGGUGCAGCGGGUACAGAGCGUGGAGCUAAAAGUCUUGGAAGGAAUGGAAGGAGUGCAGAUAGCUCCUCCCCCAACGAGUGGCAGUGGAACAAAUAUUAAUGCACUGCUGGCAAUGUGUAACAACUGGCAGAGACCCAAUGCUACCCUGAGAGGCAGAUGCAUCCUCAUCUCCCGUUCUCGAUUUGAAAUGGAAAUCGGGUACCACACAGAAAUCAUCGGCCUCUUCAAGCAGAUGAAUACCAGGAAUUAUGAUACGAAGACAAGGAAGUGGAGUUUCAUGCUGGAGGAUUAUCAGAAACUGAUGGAGAGUGUGCGCAACAUUCAGCAAGUAGAAGUGGAGCCUCUCCCAAGACCGGUACUCCAAGCCUUUGCCCCCCAGUUUGAGAAAACCGCCAUCAGCCUCGCAGAGAUUGAAGAUGUGGAUUUAUCUCAUGUGGAUUCCAAGCUUGUCGGCAACUUAAUGCCCUUCCAGAGGGAUGGAGUGAACUUUGCUAUAUCGCGGGAAGGGCGUUUGCUUCUUGCUGAUGACAUGGGCUUAGGAAAGACUAUUCAAGCCAUCUGUAUCGCUGCAUAUUACCGAAAAGAGUGGCCCUUGCUCGUUGUGGCCCCUUCCUCUGUAAGGUUCACAUGGGCUGAGGCCUUUCACCGGUGGCUUCCUUCUUUGAACCCAGAAAGCGUUAAUGUCAUUGUGACUGGACGAGACAGCCAGAGCGCCAAUCUGAUCAACAUCAUUAGUUUUGACCUUCUGGGGAAGAUGGACAAGCAGAUUGCUGCUAAUUUCAAAGUCAUUAUUAUAGAUGAAUCUCAUUUCCUGAAGAAUGUGAAAACUGCUCGUUGCAAAGCUGCUAUGCCACUACUUAAGAGUGCUAAGAGGGUGAUGUUACUGUCGGGAACCCCAGCCAUGUCCAGACCAGCCGAGCUGUACACACAGAUUGCUGCCGUCAGACCUACUUUCUUCCCUCGGUUCCAUGACUUCGGAAUCCGUUACUGUGAUGCCAAGCAGAUGCCUUGGGGGUGGGAUUAUUCUGGAUCCUCUAAUCUAAACGAGCUGAAACUUCUGCUGGAAGAAUCAAUAAUGAUUAGACGAUUGAAAUCCGAGGUCCUGUCCCAGCUUCCCGCUAAACAGCGCAAAAUGGUUGUGGUGGCCCCCGAGGGCAUCACUGCAAAGACGAAGGCAGCUCUUGCAGCAGCGGCUAAGGAAAUGGCCAAGGGAUUUAAGAGCAAAGUUCAAGAGAAAGAAGCUCUGCUCCUUUUCUACAACAGAACAGCAGAAGCCAAAAUUCGAUCCGUCUUAGAAUACAUUAUAGAUCUGCUGGAAAGUGGUCGAGAGAAAUUCCUCGUGUUUGCACACCACAAAUUGGUUCUGGACAACAUUUGUGAAGAGCUCGGGAAGAAGGAAGUCCCUUACAUUCGAAUUGAUGGCAACACCUCCUCUGCAGACCGCCAGUCCCUAUGUCACAAGUUCCAGUUCUCCGAGAAAUCCUGUGUUGCCGUCCUGUCCAUAACCGCAGCAAAUAUGGGGCUGACUCUCUCUUCCGCUGACUUGGUUGUCUUUGCAGAACUAUUUUGGAACCCAGGAGUUUUGAUCCAAGCAGAGGAUCGGGUGCAUAGAAUUGGGCAGACAAGUUCUGUGAAUAUUCACUACCUGGUGGCAAAAGGCACAGCCGAUGAUUAUUUAUGGCCAAUGAUUCAGGAGAAGAUCAAGGUUCUUGGCCAAGCUGGGCUCUCGGAAGCAAAUUUUUCAGAAACAACGGAGUCUACAGAUUACUUUUAUAAGGAUCCCAAACAGAAGACCAUUUAUGACUUAUUCCAGAGAUCUUUCUCAGAGCAGGGAGCGGAAAAUGACUCCGAUGAGGCUCUGUUACUGGAGGCGUGUGAGGAGGUUGAUCUGGGAGAGUCCACCUGCGGUCCAACGGAUUAUUCUGGAAACGCCUGCAAGCGGAGGAAGAUUGACGAUUACUUUGCACUGUGAUCCCUGCAGGAAAAAAAAUUACAUAUUCACCUGUACAGUGUUGUAAGAAAAACAGUUAUAUUUUGUUAGAAUAUUUUGUAUUUAAUUUACACAAAAAUAAAAUAAGAACUUUUAUUAA